GGGGAGACGAUUGCAGGUCAACAAUAUGUGAAGCAGAAGCAGAUGUCUUUCCCGUGCUGAGGAAUUUUCGCAUUGAAAGUUGCCCCCAGCUGACCGCUCUUCCAUGCUCGUGUAAAAUUCUAGACGUGGGGAGGUGCCAUAAUCUAACAAGUAUAAAAAUGGGUUACGGCACUGCUUCUGUUGAGGAGUUGAGGAUCGACUCUUGCGACAAUCUUAGGGAGCUGCCAGAUCUGGAUCUGUUUGCGGCUAUUGACGAUCCAAAGGUGCCCAAGAUUAAUUAGUCUGGGAGUAAAUGGACAGAAAUGCCCCCUUUUACUAUGCCUUGAGAUAUUGAGAAUUGAUUAUUGCGAAGGGUUGACAACUAUAUCCGACAAAAUGUUCCAGUCAUGCCGGUCUCUGCGGUCCCUGUUGGUGAUGAGGUGCCCCAAUCUGGUGUCGUUUUCGCUUAAUUUGCAGGAGACGCCUUCUCUCGAGCGAUUCAUCUUAAAGGAAUGUCCCAAAUUGAUCCCUCAUAGGUUCAAUGGAUUUGCUUUUGCCGCCAGCUUAAGAAGAUUGAGCAUCAACAGUCCCUUCUCCUCAGAUGACUCCUCAGUCGAUGAUUUUGAUUGGUCUGGUUUAAGAUCAGCAUCAACACUCCGUGAGCUUCGAUUAGAAGGGCUGCCUCACACGGAGUCCCUGCCACACCAGCUUCAAUACUUGACUACCCUCACUUCACUAAGUCUUCACAACUUUGGAGGAAUAAGAGUGCUACCGGAUUGGAUUGGAAACCUUGUGUCCCUUGAAACCCUAAAGCUACGGGAUUGCGACAAGCUUCAGUCUUUACCACCCGAGGCCGCCAUGAGACGACUCACAAAGUUAACUUGUGUCGACGUCUUUGAUUGGUCUGGUUUAAGAUCAGCAUCAACACUCCGUGAGCUUCAAUUACGAGGCUUGCCUCACACGGAGUCCCUGCCACACCAGCUUCAAUACUUGGCUACCCUCACUUCACUAACUCUGGCCAACUUUGGAGGAAUAGAAGUGCUACCGGAUUGGAUUGGAGACCUUGUGUCCCUUGAAACCCUAGAGCUAUCGGAUUGCGAAAACCUUCGGUCUUUACCGUCCGAGGCCGCCAUGAGACGCCUCACAAAGUUAACUCGUGUUCAAGUUGAUGAUUGUCCUCUGUUAAGACAACGAUACACUUCCCAAAGAGGCAUCUACUUGGAGGAGGAGAUUUCAAGUGAUCCGACAAGCGGUGACAGCAAACAAGAAGGCAAUAAUGGUGCUCAAACAUCAAUUUCGUGUUGUUUCCCAUCGUUGCUGAAGAAGGAGAAACCAGGAGAGGCUUAGAAAGCAGACCUCAUGUUGGACAAAGACACCACCCUUUGCUGUUGCAUUUCUUACAAGAUUGCCAGGGGGGCAGAAGUUAUUUUCACAGACUAGUCAGGUUUGAAGAUGAAGUUAGUAAUCAAUGAUAAGAAUUUUGCACAUUAGAGAGCGCUAGCUUUGAUGGAGGCUUCACCAAUAGGUGGUUCUCCCCAGGUUUCCCAAACAUUAGUUUUUACUCUUCUCCUGCUCGGGCUGCAGAAAGAAAGUGAGCUGGAUUACUGUAUUGUAACCUUGAAGAUGAACAAUGCAAGGAAUGAUGGUGCUCAAACAUCAGCUUAGUGUUGUUUUCCAUUGCCACUGAAGAAGAAGAGCUCAGGAGAGUCUUAGGAAGCAGACCUCAUGUUAUUGGACAAAUGACACCACCGUUUGCCAUUGCAUUUCUUACUAGAAUGCCAAGGGACAGAAGUUAUUUUCAUUGACCAAACAGGCUUUGAAGAUGAAGGCAGUUAUCAAUGAUGUUAAUUUAGCUCAUUAGAUAGCAUUAGCUUUGAUGGAUGUUUCACAAACAGUUGGUUCUCCCCAGGUUUCUCAAACAUAAGUUUUUCAGUUUCCCCUGGUCAGAAUGCAGAAGGGAAGGUAAUGAUUUAAGCUUGUAUGUCUUCAGGGCAGUUUUUAUAGUUUCUGAUCUACUUUCUUGAUAUGUAUUUAGUAAAUCAAUUCCCAAAACCUUUUUCUUUUUGUUGAUUUCUGAACUGAAAAUGGCUAGUAGCAGGCUUGUAGAGUGUGAUAUGGAUGAAGAAGAAAGAGAGGGGAGCAUCAUCCUAGCAUGGAAGCUGAUACUGGAGACCUGUAUCACCCGAGAUGCGCAGCUGAUUUUCGUCAAACUGGACUGAUUUUCUUUUUGUUGGUAAAAGAGUUGGAUGUUUGUGACAGUAUAAACAAUCAAUUUGGAGCAGUGAGAGAAAUGCAGAUGCAAGAAGUCUUGAAUUGCACAAAGGUCCAAGGAAGAGGAGGGAAAACGUUCUUUUCAGUAGAUGUGUGCAUAUUUUGUGAAGAAUUAACACUCUUUAAAAGAUGGCAUUUCAUAAUUUUGGCAUUUCAUACUUUAAAAGAUAGUACGUUUUCUUCAUCUUUUACAGUGAGUAAAAGUAUGUCCAGAGACCAUAUUUGUAAGAUUUCCUACCCUUUUUUAGUUUGACAUUUGAUA